AUGGCAUCGCUACGGUUUCUCUGGAACCACCCAAUCGUUCCCUUGUCCUUCUUCGCGUGGAGAUGCUGCGAAGACUCCAUUGAGCAGUACAUGUCCAGACUGACCGCGCCCAUCGGACGCCGCACGCCGCAGGACUGGACCACGAUGUUCAUCACGGUGUUCUUCCUUCGGUACUUGCGCCUCGCCAUCAACAUAUGGGGAUCCUGGCGGUACAGGCCCGCGCCGCUCCCCCGGCUCCCGACCUGGAGCCGGCGGGACGUGACCGUGAUCCUCCCGACGAUCGACCCCGACAACUCCAAGUUUGACGAAUGCAUCAUCUCGUUGCUCGAGAACCGGCCCGCCGCAAUCCUCAUCGUCACCGUCGGCGCCAGGAUGCGGGCCCGCUGCGAGGCCAUCGCCCGGGCCUACCGCAGGGAUUACCCGUCGACCGAGAUCGGCGUCAGCGCCGUCCUCCACCCCUCCAAGCGCCGCCAGGUCGCCCACGCCGUGCCCCAUGUGCGGACCGAGUUCACCGUCAUGGCCGACGACCACGUCUUCUGGCCGAGCCGCGACUUCCUCCCUUCGGCCCUCGCCCCCUUCCAAGACAUGAACAUGGGUAUAGUAGCGACGCACAAGCGCGUACGCCGCACGACGCCCGGUGAGUGGUCCCGCCCUUCCGUCGUGAACCUGAUCGGGUGCUUCUACCUCCUCCGCCACAACUGGGAGCUCCGCGCCUCCAACGCCGUUGACGGCGGCGUCUUCGUCGCGUCCAGCCGCACCGCCGUCUACCGCACAAGGCUACUCAAGGCCGACGGCGUCAUGGACAGGUACUGCAACGAGCGCUUCUUCUUCGGACUCUUCGGCGGCAAGGAGGGCCUCGGCCCCGACGACGACAACUUCCUCACCCGCGAGGCGUACAGGCGCGGGUGGGCCGUCAAGUUCCAGCAGACCGAGGACUGCACGAUCGAGACGACGCUGGGCGACGAGUCGGUGGCCAAGUUCAGGGGCCAACUCGUCCGCUGGGCCCGGACGACGUUCCGCAGCAACCCGUGCAUGCUGGUACGGGUCACCGACGUGUCCAACUGGCGCAUGCCGUUCACUUACUUUGCAGUCUACGCCGCCGCGCUCUUCAACUUCGCCCUGCUCUGGGACGCCGCGCUGCUCGCCUCGUUGUCCUUCUCGACGUGGAGCGAUGGGCUGCUGUCCAGGAACGUUGGCAAGCUCGUGCUCUGGAUCCUGUGGACCAAGACCAUCAAGCUCUGGCCGCACAUCGUCCGCCACCCCGCCGAUGUCCCUCUGCUGAUUUUCCAGGUCCUCUUCGUGUACGUCCACUCCUUUAUCAAGCUCUGGGCGCUUGUGACAUUCUACGACUGCGCGUGGCUGGGGCGUAACCUGGAGGCGGUCGACGCCGAAGCAGAGGAGCUGCAGGAAUACCUCGACAAGCGUUUUGCUUUUGGCACCUUCGCAGAUGAGCCACGGUUUUACUAG